AUGGCGCGACUCGUGCGGGGAUCGACCACAUACUCAUCAACCAGAGAUGGUGUCUACUUGACAGUACCAUCCUUUUGUAGUGGUUCUGAUCGCCGUCUCCUUCGUGCGAAAAUACGACUUAGCCACACGAUGGAAGAGAACAUCUGCUAUAGAGGAUUACGAGCCUGCGCUGAGCCUGCCUCGAAGCCGCACACGACAAACUUGGAUCGAAUUUCAAAGACCACCUGGGAAUUGUUGGAAAGAAGAAGGGCUUUGAGGCUUGAUCCGAGUGCAUCGCACAUUGGGCGAAAUCCCCGCGAAUAUAAUAUUCCGCUACCAGCCUUGCUGAGCGAAGACGAAACUCGCACGUCUUCUCGUCGUGAGAUAGAAAUCAUUACGGAAAGGUUCUACUCGAACCUUUUUCGUUCAUCAACUCCUAUGUCAAGUCCGAUCAUCCCUACUGGUAAAUCUCCACCACGGAUUCUCCCUUCGAAAGUACGAGUCGCUAUCAAGAGCAUGAAACCUGGCACAGCGUCCGGACCUGAUUUCAUAUCAGCAGACUUUCUUCGGGCUUGUGGCCAUCCACUAAAUGUUAGCAGCGCACAUAACAUCCUACCUUCAGAAAGAAAGGAUCCCAGACCAGUGAAAGACCUCGCGAACCGUUCCUAUCCAUAA